GCCAACUUUAACCUUUUGGUAUUUGAUUUACUUCAUACUUCAGCAUCUAAGGGUUAAAAUUUCUGAAUAUCUUGCUAGAGCGCUUUGGACAUAUGGUUUCAAAUUCAUAUAAUACAUCAAUCACACUUGACAGGAUGGUUUCGAGUUAUUAUAGAUUUCAAAUUCUUAAGAAUUCUAUCUUGAACCGAUGACAUCAAAUGCGUGAUGGUCUACGGCAAGAAUCUACAAUUUGCAAAACAUUCUGGUGUUGACAGCCUGGCUUCCAAAAUUUAGGGGGUGGAUGACUUUCCCAAUCUUAUUUCAAUUUUGUUGCUAUGAUCCUAUAUUGGAAUUCUGACGGAGUUAUGGCGGGAAGAGCUAUCAUUUUUUCUACGAUUUUCAGGGGCGCUCUUGAGUAAGGUGGAUUGUGUGAUGUCCAAAGAUUUUUGGGUAACCCAACCCUCACAUGUGUGAAAUACAUUUAGUGCAGGGUUGGUCCAGAACCUUAUUGUAACAAGAAGAAAAUUUUCAUGUUGUGUUUGUCUACUACUUUGAAGGCAGAAAGCUCAAUGACGAAAAGCCAAAACCUGCUGAAUAACAGACUUCAUUGCAGACAAGACUUUGGUGUUGAUACCAUAGUGGAGGAUUUUGACUUCAAGGAGUUGGAUGAAGUUCGAAAAUACUACCCUCAGGGUUAUCACGGUGUAGAUAAGCAGGGAAAACCUAUUUACAUCGAAAGAUUAGGUAAGGUUAACGUGGACAGACUUUUGAAAGUGACAACUUUGACUCGUUAUGUGAAAUACCUAGUCCAGGAGUUUGAGAAGACUCUUGCAAUCAGGUAUCCAGCAUGCUCCACUGCUGCAAACACACACAUUGACUCAAGUACAACAAUUCUCGACGUUGAAGGAGUGGGCUUGAAGAGUUUUACUAGGCCUGCGCAAGAAGUCCUUAUGCAUCUGCGAAAGAUUUAUGCUGAUAAUGAUUCUAAAACACGGGGCCAAAUGUUUAUCAUAAAUGCUAGUCCAGGAUUUAAGCUGCUUUGGAGUGCAGUCAAGCCUUUUAUUGACCCUGAUAUAGCUUCCAAGAUUCAGGUUAUCGGCAACAAAUAUCGAAGCAAAUUGCUUGAAAUGAUUGAUGAAAGUGAGCUGCCUGAUUUCCUAGGCGGUAGCUGUAACUGUAUGUAUGAAGGAGGUUGUAUGAAGUCUGAUAAAGGGCCGUGGAAAGACACAUAUACUGCUGAGUCAGGAUCUGAAACUGAAGAUAAAACACCUGGCUUAGCAAAUUCAGAUUUAAGCAUGGACUCAUUUCAGUCUAGUCAGGAUCUGAAGCUGGAGAAACUGUAAGGAAGAGUCGUACAGAAUUGGGGAUAAUUGGCUGAAACAUAGUAACUUCUUUACCAAGGUAAACUGUAUAGUAGUACUAAUAUUAUCAAAUAAGAGUGUUAAACUCUUGUGCAUUAUGCUAUCUAAAUAAUCCAGCAUAAUGUACCAAACAUUCACUAGGCAUAUGGAUGCCCAAGAUCAGUGAAUGCAUGCAGAUUUUUUCGACGAAUGAACGUCAAUUUACUUUGUUGUACAUGUGAUUUAUUGCGUAAUGUAAAAGGAUAAUUAUUUAUCAAAGUUUAUUAAUAAAAUAAGGUUCAAGAUA